CCAGUCAACAGCAUUGGCUACUGAAGCUAAAAAGAAGAGGACUAGCGGUCUGCACAAUGACAAUUAGCACACCUCAAGUAUAGGUUUUAGGCACAGAAGACAGUCGUUUGUUCUUUUAUAAUUUAGACAGGCCCUCAGCCAACAAAAAGCUUGUCUUCGGUGUAUUGUGUAGCCGUGAGAGAUUAGAAAAAACCCCAAAGAGCGAGGAUGUUGGUCCCCGCGGGAAGAUAAUGAAGAGGCUGCGCGUUUUGUUGGUGUGCCUCAUUGUAGCUCUCCUGUGCUGGUACCCCAGUCAAUAUGUGUAUUGUUCAGAGCAGAGCUUGUCUGGCCAAGGUCAGUCUGCCGGGGACCAAAACCCUGACGGCCAAAAGGAGGAGCAGGACUCCACGCAACACAAGGUGUUGGAAGAAUGGACGACACACACAUCAUACGAUAUGGGACUGGAGACAGAGAGAGAAGCACUAGAGAAGCUGGCAACACACAACAUACACCAAGAACAGACUGUGAAUCUACGGGAAGCUGAGGAGAAGGAGACCAAGCCUGAUGCAGAGUCAGACACUCUACCUAUUGCUCCUGAGCCAGACCCCACCCAGACCCCCCAGGCUGAUUUGGACCUGCAGACUGACACCCAGGAUCAUGACCAGGAAGUCCCUGUGUCAUCCACUCCAGAACCAGUUCCAGCACAGGGCCAAGUGUCCACAGAUGCCCCAACCCCAGCAGAGAUCUUCAGUGAUGCCCCUGCUGCACAACCCAGCCUGGACUCAAAUCCAGCCACAUCCCCAGAUGAAGCUGAAAACAAACCUACCUCACAGAGUGCCGGCCAGACCCACACAGGUGCAGUGCGGGUUGCCAGUGCAGGAGAUGAACUCCCAGUAGACAACUUUGUCUUUGCUGAGCACUCUGAUUCACAGUGUGUUGUCAUUCCCCCCGAACUGGCAACCUGUGAAAACUCUCCUUUUGGCAGCCCUCUCUUCAGUGUGGAUGAGGCUGGCAUAGAGGACCAGCAGUCAGCCCAGAGCCACAGCUCUGGUCCUGAAGCAGAGGUCCAGACUACUCCAGGCCAAGUGGACCAGGAACAACAGCAGCAGCAGCAGCAGGAGCUGGAGGAUGGGCUGUCUGAUUUGGACCUGGAGGGAAACACUUCCCAACACCACCAAGAACAGAAGGCAGGAGAUGCCAGUACUGCCAGGGAGACUGAUCCAUCAGUGCCCAGCAAAGAAGACAUCCCCACCUUCGACGAGUGGAAGAAACAAGUCAUGGAGGUGGAGAAAGAGAAAAGUCAGUCUCUCCAUACCUCAACCAGCGGCAGCCCCCAUCCAGUGAAGAAGGUCCAGAAAAACUUCAAGAAUAACUAUGCCUCUGUGGAGUGUGGUGCCAAGAUUCUCUCUGCCAACAAUGAGGCCAAGAGCACUUCAGCUAUUCUAAGGGAGAACAUGGACCUUUACAUGUUAAAUCCUUGCAGCAACAAAAUCUGGUUUGUGAUAGAGCUCUGUGAGCCUAUUCAAGUCAAGCAGCUGGACAUUGCUAACUUUGAGCUCUUUUCAUCAACACCUAAAGACUUUUUAGUCUCCAUCAGUGACAGAUAUCCUACCAACAAGUGGGUAAAGCUGGGUACUUUCCAUGCCCGUGAUGAGCGCAUUGUCCAGAGCUUCCCACUAGAUGAACAGCUGUAUGCUAAAUAUGUGAAGAUGUUCAUCAAGUACAUAAAGGUUGAACUCCUCUCCCACUUUGGAUCAGAACACUUCUGUCCCCUCAGUCUCAUCAGGGUGUUUGGUACCAGCAUGGUGGAGGAGUAUGAGGAGAUAGCAGAUUCCCAGUACCCUUCAGAGAGACUGGAGUACUUGGAUGAAGACUAUGACUAUCCACCCGGCUACCAACCAUCAGAAGACAAGGCCUCUAAAAACCUGCUUGGCUCAGCGACCAAUGCCAUCCUAAACAUGGUAAACAACAUUGCUGCUAAUGUGCUGGGUGGCAAACCAGAGCUGGAGGGUGGAACAGCAACAGGAGGUAAUACAACAGCAGAGGUGGUUGAAAAGAAGGGGAGCACAGAAGUUGCACCUAAACCAGCUGACCCACCUCUUGACUCUGCAGUACUGGAGCCUGUAGAGCCAGAACACCCUGAAACCCAGGAAGACUCUAGUGUCUCCAGUGAGCCUUCCACACCUUCCCCCUCACCACCUGACUCCCAUGACGACAGACAGAUUGUCACCCUGGUAGAAGAGGAGGAGGAGGAGGAAGAAGAGCCCAGACAGUCUACUGUCACCCUGAUGGAGGAGGAGGGAGAGGAAGAGAAGAGAGAGGAGGAGACGAGGAGGGAGGCAGACAGGAACCACUGGGAGAACCAGACUUACUGUCCCUUUUCCUCCUUCUCCUCCCUGUCUCUGUCCUGCAUGGCCACCCUGCCAGAGCUGCUCCAUCGCUGGUGCUCCGCCAGGCUGGCCAAGGAGAGACUCCGCAGCAUCAGGCGGAGGCAGCUUCACACACAGAGGCAAACUGAUACAAAUAUCCUUUCCCUCACACAUACACCUCCCUCAAUCCCCACCCCUGUUCCCACACCUCUCAAAGAAGCCCUCCCCCUCACAGAAAAAACUCCAGAGCCUGAGGUGCCUGUUAAGGCCCAAAAUGAGGGCAAAAUCCUGGGUGAGGCACACACUAUGCAUCCCAACACUCUCACCCCUGACACACACACUCCAGAGCUCAACAUCCUUCUAGAGCCUAGUAGAACCGCCACCAUACCCUCUCACAGUUUCUCAGACUUGCAUAGCUCCCUGACAUGGCCUACCCCCACCCACGAAGAGAAGCUUCCUCCCAUUAAGGAUGCAGCCUUGGACCCCGUCCCCACUCCCCCCCUACAAGCCGUCUCUAUCCCAGAGACGCAACAGGCCAGCAGUGCCACCCCUAUCCUUACUGACAGCUCUGGCCCACAGUCUGUAGCCUCUGAGACAGCCUCUCCUACUGUUGUGGUUCCCCCUGUCAAGGAGCAGCCCGUUCAGCCUCUUCCCACUGCAUCAAGGCCCGAUGACCAUAUCCCCCCUCCCACUGAGCUGCCAUCACCUCUCCCACUGACAGACACUCACACAGACACGGUAAAGUUAGAUGCAGACAGUGGGGACUCACAGAGACACAGUGUGCAGGCUUCUCAGAGUCACGGGGAGCAGGGGGACUCUCUCACUCACACUGGGGAGCCCCAUCGGGUGGAGGACACCGUGGACGAGGACCUGUUAAGCACCAACGGGAAUGGGAAUGUCCACCGGACAGCUACAGACUUUUAUGCAGAGCUGCAGAAUGGAGGUGAUUACAACGGCGGGGCAAUGAACGGUGUGUUAUUGAACGGGGGAGGGGUGCAUGGCUCCAGCCAGAAGGAGAGUGUGUUCAUGAGGCUAAACAACAGGAUCAAAGCCCUGGAGAUGAACAUGAGUCUGUCCAGCAGAUACCUGGAGGAGCUCAGCCAGAGAUACCGUAAACAGAUGGAAGAGAUGCAAAGAGCGUUCAAUAAGACCAUCAUCAAACUGCAGAACACCUCCCGCAGUGCUGAGGAGCAGGACCAGAGGCAGACAGAUUCCAUCCAGGUCCUACAGAGCCAGCUGGAGAACGUCACUAAACUGAUGCUCAAUCUCACCACCACAGUGAGCCAGCUGCAGAGAGAGGUAUCCGACCGUCAGAGCUACCUGGUGGUUUCUCUGGUUCUGUGUCUGUGUCUGGGUCUCCUGCUGUGUCUGCAGUGCUGCCGCAGCUCCUCUCCCAGCCCCAACACCAACGCUGCUGUCCUUCCCAAGAGCAACCACUACCCCAGCCCCAAGAGAUGCUUCUCCUCCUAUGAUGAUAUGAGCCUAAAGCGCAGGGUGACCUGUCCGCUUGUUCGCUCUAAGUCGUUCCACUUUUCCUCUACAGAAGUAGGUCCAGAUGACUUGUACAUUGUAGAACCUCUAAGGUUUUCUCCAGAGAAAAAGAAAAAACGCUGCAAGACAAAGUCGUUGGACAAGGUUGAGAUUCUGAAGGCAUCUGAUCCUGAUGCUCCACUCACAAAUGGGGGUAUUAAGUGCAACGGUUUCGAACCAUGCCUCCCUGAUCCGCCGCCACCACCCUCUCCUCCUCCGCCUCCUCUUCCUCCUCCUCCUCCUCCUCCUCCUCCUCCUCUCCCACUGCCUCUCCUUCCCUCUGCAGAGGAGGUGUCAUCACUGCCCACUUGCACCUCCAAGGAGUUCCCCUCGGAGACCAGCAGCUGCAGCUCAUCCACCCACUCUGAGGAGUCCUACACAAGCCGCCUCCCCCCUCCCUCUCCCAUCUUCGCCUCCACUGGUCUGUGCAACGGCCACGAGUCCUUGCCUUUCCCUCUCCAGCAGCCUCCCACCAUGUCCCGUCAGGAGAAGCGCUCGAUGAAGCGGCGAAAGUCGCGGCAGACGGAGCUGCAGUUCCCUACCAUGCCGAAAGGGAGCGUCGCUUCUCUGCCCAGCCUGCAGCAGCUUAUGAAGGGAAACAAGGAGAUCAGUGUCGGGACCAUCGGGGUGACAGCCGUCACCGGACAUGUCUGAAUACUCAUACUUUUACACAACUUUCUAUUCACACACACUAUAUGGUAGCAGACUUGUGUAGUAAGGAGAUGAGGUCUUACUGCAUCCCAAAGAACCAUAUUUCCCGUGAGCACCCAGGCGCACCGUGGAACUGAAGUGGCUAUGGCAGCAGUAGCUCCACAUCAUCCAGUCCUUAUCCACUCCUGUCAAAGACCUGUUUACGGUUAUGUGCCUUUAUAUCUGUUCUAGACCUUUUAAUGCUAAAAAAAAACGUGACAUUAAAUGAAUUGAUGAUUUGGAAAGAGAGAGACACCGUGGUGGGGAGUGAAACAUUACUACAAGUCAAAUCCAUUGAAGUGUGUUCAAGAUGUUUUCUUUUUUCUUUUUUGUACCGGAUAAGCACAUUGUUUCAUGACAGUUGAGAACCAGUGAGCUUUUAUCCCCACUCUGAGCACAGUGAGGAGAGGUCCUGGCCUCAACUCUACGUUCCUUCACCUCCGGGAACAUCACAAAGUAUUAGGCUGCUCUUUUGGAUGAAAUGUGUCGUUAUGAGAGAACUGCAGAGCAUGACAAACUACUCCUCUUAUCCUUAUUUCCUUCUGUCUUCUAUCACCAUCAUUUCAUCCAUUCUCUCUUUGUAUUGCCUCCUAACAUGACUGCAGGCAUUUGUAUGGGACCAGAGUGUAAAACUUACAUUGUACACCAGACUCUCCAUUUCUCUUCCUCUGUCUCUGUCAGUCUGUUCCAAACCAAUCACCAGAGCUGAAUGAAGAAUAUCAUUUUCGCAUGGGGUGAAAUAGUCCGAAUGUGUUUGUCCUUUCAGUUUAGUUUCCUAUUUAACCUAAUAUGACAAAUACAAUUGUAGCAGUUUGUAGAUCCUUUGAGUUCAGAAUGAAACUGUCCCCACUCACUUAGUUUGGGCUGAGCCUGAAAAGGUUGCUCACACACACUAAAGUAAGAGAAAUUGCACUGUUACAGUAGAUAUUGUGACUGCGAGGAAGGUAAAAUUGGUUUAAACAGGCUAGAGGCAAGCCAUGAGGUUUUUAUUGUCUUUUUCUGCUAUAUUUUUAUUGUUUUUUCAUCCAUAACUGAGCCAUGCUCCUCUCUUAAUGUUGCUGGUGUGGUUUGUUUGAAUUAUUCUCACAUCCAGUAUGGAGGCAAAAGUUUCCUGUUCAGGGUACAGUGUACUGUAGGAGCACAUUGGGUGGCAAAGCUGAAUGUUUACACUUCCGUCACACACGCAUAUCCUACUGGGACCCUGCAGCUGAGUCUGACAGGCCAGUUUUAUUUAUCUAUUUAUUUAUUUAAAUGACUACAGAUUUUUCUAAUUAAGGCACUGGCUUGCCAGUCUCCCAAUCCUGCAGUGUCACAGUAGUUUAUCCAUGUGAGUAUGUUACAUAGAAAUAUUACAGUGCAAUACACUACGUAUUUACACAUGACCAUGGUGGAUUGCUAAACAAUUUUUUUUUUUGAUAUAUUUUAGUUUAGGCUCUGACAAUAUAACGGAUCCUAAUUCUGUUUGCCUCAGCCUGAAAUAUCAGACAAGUACGAUAGCAGUCACAUGUCCUGCCGCAACAAGAUAAUCGAGUGUUGAUUUAGAAUAACUACAGGCUUCUUGGGAUCAUCACACUGCUGCUUUUGUAUAUGUUCAGAGCUGCUGGGUGGUUAAAAGUAGUGGAAAGGGCUAGACUGAGUGUUUAUUAUGGUCCUGUCUUCUGUCUGCUUGUUUCAGCAUCGUUGUUGGUUCGCUGACGAACCGAUUUUAACUCACCCCAUUGAAGAUUUCAUGACUCACCUACGUUAACAUCCAGUUUAAUGUUUAAUAAUCUAUAGGGAGUUCCAUAUGUGAAAGGGGGUAUCCAUUUGUUGCUUGUUUUUCGAUAAUAAAACGCAAAUGCAUUUUCUUUAUGUAGAGUAUGCGGUUUCUGACUGGCUCUGUGUGGUUGUACAUUUUGACAGAGACUGAGAAUAUUCUUCAAACUAUACUCUCCCAAAAGAGCAUCAUUACAUCUUCUGACCAGCUUCUACAGCUCCUGUUUGUCUUUACAUAUCUUUAUCCACCAAGGUCACCUUUGACCUCCUCACCUUACAUUGCACGACUUUCUGUGACUGAAGAAAAGUUUUAAUAUGCCUGCUUUUAUUAACCACUCUAAAAUGUUCCUAUUAGGAGCUUGAAAUGCUUUAUCAGUCUACAUGCUUGCUCUCCUGACUAGCUGAUCUUUCUGUGCAUCCUAACUCUCAUUGUACUCCAGUCUUUUAUUCACUUGUCAUUGCUCUUUGACUUUAUGUGUUCGCCCCACCUUGAAUGGUCAUUGUGGUUUGUGAGGAAAAGAAUUUGAAUUGUUGAAUAAAGGGAAUGCAGCAAAGAUGGGUAUGAUUUGGAACACUAUUAAUGUGAUUCUACAUGUUCCACAAGCCGAGCAAAUCAUGGUUUAUAACCCUUUUUGAAUGUGUAUGAUAUGUUAUGUUUGUGCGUGUGUGUGUGUGCGUGUGUGUAAACCUGUAUGCAUGAGAGAAUUGUUUUGUUUUUAAUCUCAUGUAUGUGUGUGUCUGUGUUAUGAGGAAGACUACUUUGAAUCUACUUAUCCCGUAACACAGCGAAUAGGGAAAAUGGCCCUUGGAGAGAAAUUCUAGGAGCUCAGUGUGCACUUUGUAUGACUCCUCAUGCCUUUUUGUUUUUCUACCUUAUAUGUCAAGUGCUAUAUUUUCUUUUUUCUCUCUCUCUCUCACUCCCACUGUUUCUCUCUGUGAUUACUCUGAAGAGCUGCACAGUACUUUUGAGCAGGAGUGAGUUACUACAAAACUGUAGUGCCAUUAGAAACUGUGAAUUUCUAAAUAAAACUUUUUUGUUGUCUUUCA